UGCACGGCAGACUGCUCGCCAUGUGGAUCCUGCAGUAACCGGUGGUACCAACUCUCCAACCUCAAGCUAGCUGUGUGCAGCGCUGUCAGUCAUCAUGUCAUUUAGUUUUAACUUCGAUGUUCCAGCACUAACAACAAAGCCAGACGACGUGGAUGGAAAUGAACUGCAAAACGGAAAGAAAGGCAAUGCUGCUAAAUCUGUGAAGGAAGAUACCAAACCAGCAGAGCCAGCAAAAGAAGCCAAAGAGCACGUUCAGCCAUCUGACCCACACUUCCUCCUCAGGGAUGCUGUCACUGAAACAGUUACCAUAGGAGCUCUUCCCCCUCUUCACUUCCUCAACGAGACGGUUUUCGAAAAGACAGCCUCCGAGAGAGAUGACGGUGAGGAAAUUCUCUCGCGCACCGCUGAGCAGAGGUCUGAUCUCAUCUCUGGCAUGUACGAGGGGGGGCUGAAAGUGUGGGAGUGCACUUACGACCUUCUGGAGCUGAUUGAGAAAGACGGAGAGACCUUUGGGGGGAAGGCGGUCUUGGAUUUGGGCUGUGGCGCGGGGCUGUUGGGAAUACUGGCUCUGCAGAGAGGAGCCAGGGAGGUCCACUUCCAAGAUUAUAACAGUACAGUUAUUGAACAGCUCACAGUGCCAAAUGUAAUGCUUAACUGCCAAGAGGAUGAUGAAGUGGACAGUGAAGAUGACAAAGAAAGGAAGGGAAAGGGGAAAAUCCAGGAGGAAGGUGGUUGUAAGAAGGUGAAAGCGAAACAGGAGGUAAAAGAUGGCGACCCACCCCCUAAGAUAAGAGCCGUUGACCUAUCCCAGCACCCAUUACUAGCCAAGUGUCGAUUUUUCUCCGGUGACUGGAGCACGUUUCUUGCUCUGCUUCAAAAGGAGAACCCACAUCCCAAAUAUGACAUUAUAUUCACCUCAGAGACAAUAUACAACACUGCUUACUACCCAGUGCUACAUGAGACCCUCCACAGACUGCUCGCUCCAGAUGGACUCGUCUACCUCGCCACCAAGUCCCACUACUUUGGUGUAGGUGGUGGGCUGCACCUGUUUGAGACGUUUGUGGAGCAGAGGGGUGUUUUCUCUUUGGAUCACCGGUGGGACGGGGAAGAAGGACUUCAGAGACAUGUAGUAGUCCUACAUUUUAAAACUGCAAAAGCAACUUGAACAAUAAAAAAAAAAUGUCUGUUUCCACUUUGAGGAGGAAUCACUGCACAGUUUAAUCCUAAUUCAUAUCAGGACUUCAUUUUUAUUUGAAGCUUGUUCGUGAUAUGUAACAGCAACCAUGGUGAAACAAAGAAAAACUGUAAUAAAAUAUGCUGUCUUA